AUGCAGUGUAAAUUAUGUGUUCAAUCAGAUUAUCCUCAUCACUACUACAAAGUACACAAACCAAACGUUUCAGAACCAUAUGUAUCUCCACAUGUAAACAGACAGUCAAUCAUAAUUGAUUCCAAGACAGGGGCUCGUAAAUCCCCUUUCACAACUCGGCUUACUCUAAAGUUUUCUGACGUACGCACUAUGAAGAAUUUGUUUGAAAAAGGUUUGGAGACUUCACGCUUUCAACCCUGUUUGGGACGACGUUCUAGUCCAAAUGAAAAAUAUACUUGGUUAACGUAUAUAGAAGUAGAUGACAAAAUACAGGCAUUUGGAUCAGCUUUAGUGAAAGUUGCUUCUCACAUUCCAUGGAGUGAUAAUUGUGUUGGUAUUUUUGGUCGGAAUUCACCCGAGUGGUUUAUUGCGCAGCAUGCCUGUGCAGCUUAUGGGUUCCCAAUAGUUCCUAUCUAUGCAACUUUAGGUGAUGAAGCCAUGCAACAUAUCCUUAAGCUAACUGAACUACGUGUUGUUGUGUGUGACUCGGGUGAAGAAAUAUGCCGUGUCUUAGAACAAUCAUUGUCCUUCAUCAAUUUAGUAGUUGUAGUAAACGAUGGUCCUAAAGUCGCAGAAGCCAAGGUUCGGUUUUCAUCAAAUGUGAAAAUCUAUUUAUUUGAUGAAUUUUUAGCUAUUGGAAUUAAAUAUCAUAUUCCAAAAACUGAUCCUAAACCAGAUGAUUUAUAUAUGAUUUGCUUUACCAGUGGAAGCACAGGUUUACCAAAAGGUGUGAUGAUCGAACAACAACAAAUUGUCGAUGCAGUCUUUGGAAUCAUUGAAAAUACUGAAGAGAAGUGCUGUAAUAAAUUAUCAACGCAUCUUUCAUAUUUGCCAUUUGCUCAUAUCAUGGAGCAAGUAAACUCUUCUGUUGUCAUUCUCGAAGGAGCUAAAAUUGGAUUCUUGACAAGUACUGUUGAUGGACUACUUGCUGAUUGUGAAAGUCUAAAGCCAACUGUAUUAACUGCUGUUCCACGUGUUUUAUCCCGUAUUUAUACCAAGUAUUAUGAAGCCAUUGAAGGAUCAACUCUAAAAACUCGUUUGGUUAAUCAUGUAAUAAAGCAAAAGCUUGGUGAACAAAAACGGGGGAAAUUUAAUCAUCAAAGUAUUUUGGACACACUUUGCUUUAAAAAACUUCACCAAUCUCUUGGUGGACGUAUUUGUGGAAUAAUAACAGGCGGUGCUCCUUUGAUGCCCGAAAUUACACAGUUUAUGCGUGCUGUAUUUAAUGGACUUGUUGUCGAAGGCUUUGGUUGCACAGAGACUAUGGGAGUUGUAACCGUAUCUUUAGUCGGAGAAUUUCGUGUUGGUGCUUUGGGUGCCGUUGCUUAUGGUGUAGAAGUUAAAUUGGCCGACGUAUUAGAUUUAGGUCUUAUUGUCAAAAGAGAUAAUCGAGGAGAGAUAUGUGUGAAAGGUAAGCGUUGCACCAAAGGUUACUACAAAGAUCCUCAAAGUACAGCGCUGCUAAUUGACUCAGACGGUUGGUUACAUACUGGAGAUAUAGGAGAAUGGACCCCAGAAGGUUCAUUGAUGUUGGUUGAUCGUGUUAAAAGUAUUUUCAAGUUGGCUCAAGGUGAAUAUGUAGCACCAGAAAAACUGGAGGCACUUUAUCAAAGUUGUAGUCUAAUUAAUCAAAUUUUUAUUGAUGCCAAUCCUAAAUCCAUUUACCCUGUAGCUAUAAUAGUUCCAAACUUCAACGAAUUACGUGAAUCACUUAGCAAAACAGAUCAUGAAUUGGUUAAUUUAUCCGAUCAUGAUUUAUGUCAACAUGAAUCUGUCCAUCGAAAAUAUCUAAAUGUUUUGGAUCAAAUCGCCAAUGAAAGAUUUCUGAAAGGAUUUGAAAAAUUGAAGAAGAUCCAUCUGACUGAUGAAACUUUCACAAUAGAAAAUGGGUUGCUCACUCCAACAUUCAAGAUUUCCCGAUAUAGAGCCAGAAAGCUGUAUUCUGAAAUUAUAAACAGAUUAUGUGACGAAGUUAUGGCUACAGAAAAUCAUAAAUAG